AUGGCUCUCGGUUACCCUCCAUUCAACCCUAGUAGGGGCGCUCGUCAAGGUGAUCCCCUUGCCCCGUUCCUUUUCGUACUUUGCAUGGAAAAACUACCAAUGCUCAUCUGGGAUAAAGUGAACAAUGAGACUUGGAAACCAAUUAAGAUUUCUAGAGGAAGGCCUACGAUUUUUCAUCUAUUCUUUGCUAAUGACUGCUUGUUCUUUGCCAAAGCCUCAAACUCUCAAGUCCAAAUAGUUAAAGAAGUUUUGGACUCCUUCUAUCUUGCUUCUAGGCUCAGAGUUAAUCUCGACAAAGCCAAAUUUUUCGCCUCUGCAAAUGUUCGAAGAAGCAAGGUGACAAGUUUAGAAGCAAUUUCUAGGAUGAAAGCAACUACUGACUUAGAAAGGUACUUGGGUAUACCUUUUUCUAAUAAGAGAGUUCGUAAACGGGAUUUUCAGUAUAUUGUGGACAGAGUUCAAAAUCGUUUGGCUAGUCCCUUAGCUGUGCUUAUUCCGUGUGUGAAUAUCCAAGACAUCAACUUAAAGGUCAAGGAUGUUUACAAAGGUCGGGGGAGGUGGGACUGGAACAUAGUUGCUACCUGGCUUAGUGAUGAGCAGAAAUCAACGGUUAUUGGCACAUUUGUGGACGACUCUGGGGACAUGUGUGAUGAGGUGAUAUGGGGAAGAGAGUCUCAUGGACUUUAUACUUGCAAGUCCGCUUGUAAAUUCCUUCUUAACCCCUUGCAGCUGCGUAAAGAAGUAAGGAUGAAGGAUGUGUGGAAGCUUCCUUUACUCCGGAAUAUUCUAUUUUUCUUAUGGCUAUCUCUUCUAGAUGCGCUUCCAACUAAUAAAUUCGACGUUGAUCAAAGGUUUCAGAUUAGUGAAGGCAAGGAGUGGCUUAGUAAGUGGAUCUUCAGGAACCGUAGCACCUUAUUCUGUAUUACACUUUGGAACAUACGGAAGGGUAGGAAUGAUCUUAUCUUUAGCAAGAAAGCUUGGAAUUUUAAUCAUAUCUUGUCAAAGAUCUCUCUUGAGGUAAUAGAGAUUCAGUCUGUCUUGGGACAGGACAAGACUAUGCAGUGUGUCCCCCAUUCAUUAAGAUGGAUACCUCCCCCACACGGAUACACUCAACUUAACUCCGAUGGUAGUGACAGAGGGAGUCCUGGACUUGUAGGUUUUGGUGGCCUUCUACGUGACAAUAAAGGCAGUGGCUUUUUGGUUAUGCUGGAUCCUGCGACAUAG